AUGGUAAAUUUUCUUUUCUUUUUAAGCAAUAUGUUUGCAAAUCAAGAAACAAGAGAACAACCACCACAGCCGCCUGCAGCACCAGGACCAGAACCAGCCCCAGGACCACUGGCAUCUGUAGCAGCAGCAGAACCAUCUCCACCACCACAAGAUGAAGAUGAUGCUCAUGAAUAUCGUAUUAAAUUAGCUUUGAAUGAUUUAAACACUGGGAAAUUGUCAAAUAUUAAUGACGCAAUCUGUAAAUAUAAUGUCAGCUAUGAAGCAUUGAAUUCCCGAUUAAAUGGUGAGGUACUCCAAAACAAAGCCUCUGCAAGUGGACGAGUGUUUUCCCAGUAUCAAGAAGAUCAUAUAGUUAACUGGAUAUUAGAAUCGUAUCAUGCUGGUUAUCCACGAAGUAAAAAUGAUGUUAGGGAAUAUGUUGAAAUAUUUUUAUCAUUAUCAAAGCAACGGAAAGAAAAUAAUCAAGAACUGCCGAGAGGAUUCGAUUAUUCAUGGAUUAAACGUUUGCAAGAAAGACAUCCUAAUUUACCAAUUGUUGAUAAAGGAAAAAGUUCCAUUCAAAAAAUCAUUGGACCAACAAUUCCACUGGUUGGGAAAUUUAUUCAAGAAUUUAAUAAUAAUGUAUCUCAAUAUCAAAUUCCUCAAGGAAAUAUAUUCAAUUAUGAUGAAACCAUUUAUAGUUUAGAUAAUAAUCCUAUUGAAUAUUCAAUUUCAAAUCUAGUCAUGAGUGGAUAUAAGAAUAAAGCUAAUAUUCCAACUCCACCUACUAUUGAAGAUUUACCGCCUAAUAAAUGUACAAUUAUUGAAUGUACUAGUGCUACUGGUGAAGUCAUGCAUCCAGGAUUCAUUUUCAAUAAAAAUCAUUUGGAGAUUGAUUGUGGUUGGAUUUAUGAUGAUAGGCCCAAAUGGAUAUAUGCUUUAUCACUGGAUGGCCAUUCAAAAGGUAUAUUAUUUAUUCAAUGGUUACUUAAUAUUUUCAUCCCUUAUCUAAAAAGCAAAUACAUCAAUGGAAAAUGUAUACUUUUGAUGCAUGAACAGGAAUGGUUUAAAGAAAUUGCUAAUCAAGUAGAACAAAUUUGUUAUCAACAUGGUAUUAUUCUAAUAUUUUUACCAAUUUAUUCCCAUCAUAUUAUACCAGUAUUCAAGAUUAGCUCCACCAACGGCAGCAUAAGACUUGACCACACAAAAUUAACAAGAUUAAAUAAUCGUUAUUUCGGUAAUAAUGUGAUCAUUAAUAAGAACAGCCCUCCAACUGCAACUGAUACUAUUUCAAUGCAUCAAAAAUUCUUUGUUCAUAAAUAUUGGCAAGCUAGAGCAAUUAAUUUAACUAGAAAUAAUAUUGUUUAUAAUUGGGAAACCUCGGGAUUUUAUCCCAUAAAUCCUAUUGAAUUAUUGAAUCCAUCUGAAUAUAUAUAUGAACAAAUUAAUAAAGAUCUGAUUGAAUAUAAUCAAAGAAUUACUGAAAUACAAAAACAAGUACAAAAACUAGAGGAAAAGCAUGAACCGCCAAUGACGAAAUGGAGUAAGUCCCAACUUUUAGAAUAUAUUCAAGAUAGAAAAUAUAAAGAAAAACUUAUUCAUGAAAAUUGGGUAACUUUUACUGGUCUGACAUAUUAUAAAUUAAUACAUCUUGAUGAUUAUAAAAACAAUUUAUACCAUUGA